AGCCUGGGCUGGGAGGCGGCGGGUGCGGGCGGCUCCGCGGCUGCGCGGGCUGCAGGCUGGGGGCGGACGCGUGCUGGCGGCGACGCAGUCCCGGCCCCGCGCCCGCGGCGCCCCCGCUGCGGCCGGAGCGGCCUGGCUGCGGGAUCGGUGCGCAGCGAUGGCGCGGUCGCGCCGGUCCUGGGCGCAGCUGCUGUUGCUCCUGCUGGCCGGGCCGGGCGCCUGUGCAGCCAGCCCGGCGGACGACGGCGCGGGCCCGGGGGGCCGGGGACCCCGGGGCCGUGCGCGUGGGGACUCGAGCGCCGACGAGGCGGUGCCGCGCCACGACUCCUCCUACGGCACCUUUGCCGGGGAGUUCUACGAUCUGCGCUACCUGUCCGAGGAGGGUUACCCUUUCCCUACUGCUCCUCCUGUGGAUCCAUUUGCCAAAAUCAAAGUGGAUGACUGUGGAAAGACUAAGGGCUGCUUUAGAUACGGCAAGCCGGGCUGUAACGCAGAGACCUGCGACUACUUCCUUAGCUACCGGAUGAUAGGGGCUGAUGUGGAAUUCGAGCUGAGUGCAGACACCGAUGGUUGGGUAGCAGUUGGAUUCUCUUCAGACAAGAAAAUGGGUGGUGACGAUGUCAUGGCCUGCGUCCACGACGACAAUGGCAGGGUCCGCAUACAGCACUUCUAUAACGUAGGCCAGUGGGCAAAGGAGAUUCAGAGAAACCCUGCCAGAGAUGAAGAAGGAGUUUUUGAGAACAAUCGGGUCACCUGCAGAUUUAAACGGCCUGUAAAUGUUCCCAGAGAUGAAACGAUUGUCGAUCUGCAUUUGAGUUGGUAUUACCUGUUUGCUUGGGGUCCAGCCAUUCAGGGCUCUAUCACCCGACAUGAUAUAGACUCACCACCGACUUCAGAGCGCGUUGUCAGUAUUUACAAGUACGAGGACAUUUUUAUGCCAUCGGCUGCCUAUCAGACCUUCUCCUCUCCGUUCUGUCUGCUUCUAAUUGUUGCCCUGACCUUCUACUUAUUGAUGGGAACCCCUUAACCACAGUGGCAGAGCCAACAGAGUCAAUGCAUUAGAAAGCCUUUAGUAUAUUUUUUAAAAAAUAUUCAGUAUUAUUUUAGCUUCUAUUAUGUAAAAAAAUAAAAACAAGACACAUAUGAUUCAGCUUUUUAGAAAAAAGAGCAAGCUGCUUUUCUAACUGAAGAGUGUUGUUUAAUAAUGACCCAUAGUUUUAGAAAGUACUUAAAACUUUUCUAAGCGCUCAUUUUCAAAUCUGGUUUCUUACUUGAGCUUUACAACGUGUCUGAGUUGGCUUGACGAAAAUAAUUAUUGCCAUCAUUAUUACACUGAUUGGAAUUUGAGACCCAAGAGGACACUCUUUUUAUGACUCUUGUGCCAUGUAGUCUUGGCUGCUCAGCCAGAUAACACAGAGCAAAGCAGAGAAAGCCAGGCUUAGAAACUAUGUCCCUAAACAACCUUCACUCUUCCAACUACAGUUCAAGAGAGUUAUUUGGAGUAAUACUAAAGAGAACUUCGCUGGAUGGCCCAAGUUCACAGUCAGCCUUCUAGGCAGAAGAACUUUCAAAUUUCCACAGAGCAUGAAGGUCUUUAGAUAUUUACACAGCUCAUGAGGAGAAUGAUGGAGAUAACAGUGAUAUGGAAAUGGUUCAGACUUAUUUGAAAUGUCUUCUCAAUUAGUAAGUAGCUAAGAGAACACAUUUUUUAUUGCCGCUUGGAAAGGUUAGAAACAAAACUGUGAGUAUUCCUGAAGAUGUAAAAUUAUAUUAAUGAUAAAAAAUUGGGGCAUUCUUAGAAGUUAGAAUUUUGACUCUACUACCACUCUAUUUAAGAAAUUAAGGUAUUCAUUUGUGGUUACAGCUAAUUCUGUUGUCAGAAUCAACGUAUGUUGAGUACAAUUAAAUGUAUUAUAAUAGACAAAUCAUCUUAAAUAUUCAAGCAUUUUGAUAAUAAAUUAACAUUUUUGGAGAUUGUGGAAAUUUGGAGUAGAAACCUUUUAAAGAUGACAUUUUUAAAAUUAGAAAAUGCCCCAUCAAGUGAAUUUACUUAGAGUAUCCAUUCACCUGUUCAGACUUGUAAAUUGGGUUAGCCGUCAGCAUAAUUUAGACUAAUGUCUUGACUUAAUGCACUUCCUUUUUUUCAAAGGAACUCAAACGUUGCUUUACUCCGGCUGUCUGAGUUAACAGCCCAUUUAGAGGGAAAGUGUCUAUGGGUGUAUGCUGCUGAGGCAUUCCCAUUGUAGAGUUCUGGAGUCUUCUGGCUCCCUGCCAUACCCCACCCCAUUGCUUUAAAGCUGACUCCAACUUUGUGGGUUUUGUGAUUAAACAACACUGGAGACUGUGAUUUCUAAUGCCAUCCUUGGAAUCCAUGUCGGAAGUGAAAGGCCAUUUCCCCUGUGGAAAAGGCUUUCACAUUCUUCUGGAACUGAACAAAAAUGAGGAAAGCAUCCCAAUUCUGUGACUUUGCACAAUUUACCAUGUACAUCCAAGGGAUGCGGGAGAAAUCCUCAUUGCAGGUCGAGAGAGGUCAAGUGUCCCUGAGCAAUGGCUUCAAACUCAAGUCAUCUGACUCAAGUCCCAGGCUCUGCCCAGCUGCAGCCAAGCCUGCCAGCCAUGGCUGAGGAGGGCCUGUAUGUCACCUUCUAAGGUGGUUGUGUAGUGGUUGUGCAGCAGUGAGGCUGAGUAUGCAACACCCACGUUGUAAAUAAGAAAGCAAAUAUUUUUAUAUUUCACCCUCUCAUGUAUAAUAUUUCCUCUAUAAAUAGGUUAAAACUAAAUCGAGACUCAAGCUAGUCUCGGUAGCAGGCAGGGAAAGAAUAAAUUAAGGGAUUUUCCUUCUGCUUACUUUCAAGUCAGGCUAAUUGUUUCAUGAACUGUUUUUCCUUGGAUUGCCAGUUUUGCACGUUUGGGCUUUGAACUUUCAGUGAUAUCUCAUUUCCAUUCGUGUAAAAUGAGCACCACUUUGAUUACCUCCACUGUCAUCUUUCAUCACCACUCCUCAGCUUGCUGUGUCCCAGCACGACUCAAUUGCUCUCAGUUCUUCAGACCCAAUUUCUCACCUCUCUUGACAUUCCUUGUGCCCAGACAGUCUCCACAGCCUAGGCGUGCUGAACUCCUAGGUCACAGCAUAACUGUUUCUUCCUCCAAUCCCCUGGAUUAAAUAGGUUCAGGCCCCUGCCAGAUGCUCUCAUAGCACACUCGGCUUCCCCAUCAUUUUACUCAUCACACUUGCCUGUAAUUGCUGGCUUGUCCUCCCUGCUAACUCCCUAAUGGAGGGACUAUAGCUUGUUACUCAUCAUUGCAUUGUAACAGACACUCCUACACAGUAGGUACUCAGCAAACAUUUGUUGAAUGAAUGCAUAAAUGAAACUACUUCUGUGGCAAGUUUGGUUCACAAAGCUUGUAUUUCACAUACAUUGCCAGACUAGCCAACAUUUUUAUGUUCUUGUACCUGUGGUCAUUCUCUUAGCAAACACUGAGCUUUUGUCUUUUGAAACAUAAAUAGAAAGAUCUUUUGUAACAAUGCUGUUUUGCCCUGUAAAACAGAUUUUGACAUUUUUAACAAUAAUCUUAGUUCAGAAAUGAGAAUUUAUAGACCAGGAAUGCAAAACUGAAUUUCACCAUCAUCUCAGAGAAUCAUCAGUUUAUGGACAUACUAAAGUUAAAAUUCUGUAGACUCAAAUUUCAUUAAUUCUUACCUAGGAUAGGAGAAUCAACUUCUAUUUUAUCUCUGUAGUCCUUUUUCUAACAUUGUACUUGUUACAGGGGAGAUACCCAACCAGUGUACUUUUGUAAAUGCCCAGGUAGAAUAAUAAUGUUUGCUAAAUUUAUUUAGUGCUGUUUUAAGCACUUUACAUGGAUUAACUCACUUAAUCCUCACAACAACCAGAGGAAGUAGAUUCUGUUAUUAGUCCAAUUUAACAGAUGAAAAAACUGAGGCUAGGCAUUUGGCAUGAAUUACCAGAGUUGGCUUCCAAGGUGGCGCUAGUGGUAAAGAACCUGCCAACCAGUGCUGAAGACGUGAGAAAGGCAGGUUCAGUCCCUGGGUUAAGGAAGAUGCCCUGGAGGAGGGCAUGGCAACCCACUCCAAUAUUCUUGCCUGGAGAAUCCCCAUGGACAGAGGAGCCUGGUGGGCGGCAGUCCAUGGGGUCGCAAAGACUUGUACAUGACUAAAGUGACUGAGCCUGUAGCAGUGUUGGCAAGGGCUUGAGACACCAUGUUAUCCAAAUCCACUUACUUUAAAAAGGCGCAUGCACAUUCAUUAAAACUUUCAUUAAACGGAACCCACUAUCCACACUCAAUGCUUUUUUUCCCCCUUAAGCAAUUUACAAUGAAUAGGAGGACUUUUUGUAGUUAGAUUUAGGGAAAGGGGUACAUUUUACUUUCUUUUUCUUUUCUUAAAAACAGUUUGAUUCGCUAUUUUGCCAUUUUAGUGCUUUUUAUGUUAUUUAAAAAUAAUACACAGAUUGGAAAAGAUUCGAAUGCAUUUGUCUUAAAAAUGACUUACCUAAAACCCAGGUCUUCCAAUGUAGAGCCCUAGUGCCCUUUUCUUGCUUCACUAUAGUUUCAAAGAUGAAUUUGCCAACAUGAUUUCAGAUAAAAUGCAGGAGCCAUAUUUAAUUAUAUUUAGUUGGCUUCUGUCCUUAAGGAAAUUGGACACCUCAGGGAUAGAUUGCAUCCCACAGAGUUUUUUUUACUACUGUCUCUGUAAUUAAGUUUACAGUCUAUAUUCAGGAUUUUGUGCUUAAGAGCUAUUACCACGGAGGUUGUCAUUCUUAGUUCUGGCCUGAGGGUCAGCAAAGAUUUUCUGUAAAGGUCCAGAUGAUAAAUAUUUUAGGCUUUAAAGUCUCUCAGCUGUUCAGCUCUGUCACAGACAAUACAUAAACCAAUGAGCAUGGCAGUGUUCUGGUAAAACUUCACUGACACAAAUUCAAAUUUUAUAUAACUUUUUCAUGUCAUCCAUAUUUUUCUUUAGAUUAAAAAAAUUUUUUUAAUGUAAGAACCAUUUUAGCUUGCAGGCCAUACAAAAAUAGGCAGCAGGUUGGCCUGUGGACUGUAGUUUUCUCACUCUUGCUCUCAGCUAAAUGACCCAGGUAUCAUGAUCAAUUGCAUAGGAUACUGCCAGUAAUGUAAGUUGUUACUGGUUAACUGUAAAAAUAUCAAUGUUAGUGAGUAAUUUGUAAAAUAAAUUAGAAUUGAUGGAUUGUUAUCUUGAUAAUGGAUUCCCAUUAGAACCUGCAUUCUAAUGUAUUUUCCAGAGUUGAUGUGAAAGAGACAGCAGUGAAGUCAGAGCUGGGUGAACAGCAGUUUUAUUUUAUCUAGGUUGAGGCAAUUGUGAAUGACUUUUACCAUUGCUCUUCAUGGUGGGAUUACAGUUGACCCUUAAAGAUCAGAAAGGCUUAGGGAUACUGAUACUGUCCUUCAGUGGAAAAUCCACCUAUAACUUAGAGUAAUCCCUCCAAAAUAUGUGGUUCCCAUGUCUGAGGCUCCUCCUAUCCAUCGUCCCACAUCCAAGGAUACAACCAGCCUCACUGAGUGUGGCACUGUCAUAUUUACUGUUGAAAAAGAUCCAUAUUUAAGUGGACCUGUUCAAACUAGUUCAAACUGGUGGUGUUCAAGGGUUGGCUGUACAAUGUUUCAGACUAAUGUAUUUUCCUUUAGACCGUUUUUAAGUAUUACCUAAAAUCUAUUACAGUCAUGGGAUGGGAGUGUUUUACACACGUGACUAUGGCAUCACCUCCUGUAUCAUAAUGGAAAGAUGUUUGAGAACCACCACAACAGUCCAAAUGCUGAGAUGGGAAUACUUUACUGUAUAGAAUCGUUCUGUUCUCUAAACAGAAUUGGUUACGUUUAACGAACAGCUUGCUUAUUCUCAGUGUGUUUGUAUAUACAUUUGUGCAAUGUGGUGAGCACUGUGUUUAUAUGUAAAUGCCUGUAUAUAUACCAUUUGAAAGUCUUUGUCAGGAUUGUUUCUGUUUCUGAUCUCUUAAAUACUUUAAAACUCAAGAAGUAAAACUGUGUGUAUUAUAGGCCAAACGACCCUUGAGUUUAUGGUAGUUUAGUUUGUAGAAAGGAUUCCUGGGUCCUUUAUUAAACUUUGCCUCCUCCAUGCAACAUUCUAUGACUUGUUAAGAAUGUAUAAAGUAUCAUUGUUGAGUUUGACUUUUCUAUACAGUUAGUUAAGAAACCAAGACUGGUGUGAACUGAGUAAAUGGCAUGUUGAUGCAAACUAUCCAUGUUUUAUAUUUAGUUAGAUUCCUUAUUCAUUUAAUCAAUUAUUUAGUUUCAAGUUAUACUUGGUUGUUUUUAUAUUUAAUAGAUAAGUAUACAUUCUUUUUCAUGAAAAUAGUGGCUAUUAAUGUGAUAUUAAAUAUGAUUAAAGAUUUAAGUGAAUCAUCAAGCUCUUUAGGAAUUUUCACUUCAACUAUGCUGAUAUUCCAUUAAUGUUUUCCGUUUCCCCUGGAUAUUGGCCAUUAGGCAAAUAGCUGUUCCAUUCCAUUCUUCUGGAGAGUGAUCAAUUCUGUUAGGAUUAUGGGGUGCUGUGGUGGUUGUGGCAUUCACCCAGAUCACUGAAGCCGUUAUCUUUUCAUCAGAUAGAAUGUCCUGACCACCUGGAAGAGCAAAUGCAACUUCUCCACAUGCCUUAUUCCCCCAGAUGCGCUGAUAUGCUGGAACAAUCUGGCUCCAGAAGUAUUAAUAAUACUUUUUUGAGACUUGUCUAUCAAAUACUAUUUUGUAAGAACUAUGCCUUUAAAUAGACAUUGAUGGGUUAUAUUUGUUUUAUAAUAAUUGUGUACCUAAUGUUCACUUGUGAUUGAUUUUGAGAUUUAUGUAUAUUUAUAAGCCUGUCCUAUGUGAAUUUUUACUCUAUGAUGUGUGGUACCUUACUAAUAAAGACAUGGAUUUCUGUUUAUGUAAAGUAAUUGUAGCAAUAUUUCUAGAUGGUUCCUAAGUGAUUGUUCUGCCCAUCUGACAUCACAAAUACUCCUAUAUUUAGAGGAUUAUGUUAGAGUUAGAAUAUAUUAACUAGAUUUAAACUUUAAAAUAUAAAUUCUCAACAUGGUUUGAAAUUCUUCAGUUGAUGUAAUUAAAGUUUGUAAUUCUUUA